GCCCCGUUGAAAUAGGACAAGUCCUCCGUGAAAUCACAUCUGGUCUGUCCACUUUCACGUGACUGCGCGUUUUCCCAUAUCUCGGCGUCUUUUCGCGUUCACGCGACGCGUUUCUGCGUUUGCAGGCGCACUAUUACUUGUACAUGCACGAGGAGUUUCCCCAAGUUUCAGUGCAUAGGAGGCCGACACGGGGAAUCCCAUGCUCGUUCCCGUCAUGUUGUCAAAGCCGUUCAAGCCUUUGAGCAUUCGAAAACCCAUUACUAGCCAUCAGGCGAACGGAGACGCGACCCCAGCCAACAAACGAAGAAAGCUCAGCCCUCCCGAAAACACGACCAAUUCCUCUGCAACUAGGCAGGAUGGGCCCGCCGGCGAGCGCAGAGCCUUAUACAAGCCUACAAGACCGGUGCUGCAGAGUCUACCGAACCCGUCGAGCCCUAUUGAUAAUACGGAGAAGCCGGACACAGAUGGUCUCGCAAGUUAUUACUCAGUGCUAUGGCGCCUCCCUACGAACAAGAAGAACAAAACCUGGACAAAUGACGGACACCUUGCAGUUGCCGGUGGGUACGCCACGCUAUACAAUGAGUCCGGGAAGAGCAUCGGUCGUACAGCAUUUUCGGCACCCUUGCUGCCUGGUUCCACCUUAUCCAUUGGCGGCAAGGAAGUCGAGGUCGACUCUUGUAUCGCGAAGGAUGAACAUCUUGCUCUCGUCAAAACCAAUACUGCCGAAAGCGGGUCUCAUCCAGAGCCUGCCUCUAAGCCUCUUUCCAGCUCAUCAGCGAUCCAGCCACCAAAACUCAGCAUACAGGCUCAGAUGAAAGCUCAAAUCCGAAAGCAAGAAGUACAGACUCAGGGACAAGGCCCGUCGCAGUCACAUCGCCCGUCAGCAUUUAAACAGCCGCUUAAAGAGAGCACGCUCUGUCCGCAAGGAGCGUCUGAGGCGCCCACUCCUCGACAUGACCCCAACGCAGCUGGCGCAGUUGUGUUCAAGAGACCGAAACAUCCGCCACCGGGCCGCCAGACAGUUGAUGUGGUCCUAGAUCCUCUUCUGGGAAAGCUGCUAAGACCUCACCAAAAAGAAGGGGUGCAAUUUCUGUAUGAAUGUGUCAUGGGACUGCGCGAAUAUGGCGGCCAGGGGUGUAUCCUUGCAGAUGACAUGGGCCUGGGCAAGACCUUGACCACAAUUGCACUUUUAUGGACAUUACUCCGGCAGUCUCCGGUACACAGAGGCCCACCUGUCAUAAGGAAGGCUCUCAUCGUCUGCCCAGUUUCGUUGAUUCGAAAUUGGAAGCGAGAAUUUAGGAAAUGGCUCGGGUCAGACAGGUUAGGCGUGCUCGAGUUUGAGGACCAGAGCACCCAUGUCAGGGAUUUCGACGGCAGAGUCUAUCAGGUGAUGAUUAUCGGAUACGACAGGCUUAGAAUGGUGGCUGAUGACCUUGCCCAAGGCCAUCCCAUCGACAUUGUCAUUUGCGACGAGGGCCAUCGCCUGAAGACCAUGAAAAACAAGAACGCCCAGGCUAUCGAGUCGCUCAACACUCGCCGGAGGAUCAUUCUGUCGGGUACACCUAUACAGAAUGAUCUUGGCGAGUUUUACGCUAUGGUCAACUUUGUCAAUGAUGGCUGUUUAGGCUCACAGAAAGGCUUUAUUAGAGACUUUGAAAAGCCAAUCAUAAGAAGUCGUCAACCAGAUGCAUCUGAAGAGGAAAUCGAACGAGGCCGUGAUGCCAGCGAAGAAUUGGCUCGCACGACAUCUCCCUUUAUCCUCCGCAGAACAGCUGAUAUCUUGUCCGAUUUCUUGCCUCCAAAAACAGAGUACGUCCUGUUCUGCAAACCGACACAAGCACAGACAAAGAUCUACCGGAACAUACUCAAGUCUGCUAUGUUUCAUAGCGCUCUGAGGAGCAGCGAGAGCGCCUUUCAACUGAUUACCAUUCUGAAAAAGCUAUGUAACAGUCCCGCUCUGAUGAAUCCCAAAUAUGGCAACGAGGACUCCACCCCAUCCUCAUCGCUUACAACUUUGAAUGAAAUGCUUCCUGAAGGGCUUUCUAAGCUGUAUCAUAAUUCUCUUUCGUGCAAGAUCAGACUUCUCGACGAGCUGUUGCAGCAGAUCCGGGCCAAUACCAACGAAAAAGUCGUUCUGAUCUCAAAUUACACGUCAACACUGAAUUUGAUUGAACAAUUACUGGUCAACUCCAAUCUUCCCUAUUUACGACUUGACGGAUCAAUCGCCGCGAAGAAGAGACAGGGACUGGUGGACCAGUUCAACAACUCAAAGUCCACUCAGUCAUUCGCAUUCCUGCUAAGCGCGAAGGCGGGUGGAGUGGGCCUCAAUCUCAUCGGUGCGAGCCGGCUUAUUCUCUUCGACGUGGACUGGAAUCCUGCCACUGACGAUCAAGCUGUCGCGCGUAUCCAUCGGCAAGGACAGAAGCGGCAUUGUAAGAUUUACCGAUUCCUGAUCAAAGGCGGAAUAGAAGAGAGAAUUUGGCAACGCCAAGUGGUCAAGCGAGCACUGGCCAGCAGUAUUAUGCAAGGGGGUUCUGCUGCGUCCUCCGGGCUAGCCAAAUCAAGCGGUAAAGGUGGACAGAUUACGACAUUCAGCCAGGACGAACUGAAAGACCUUUUCAGGCUUGACGAAACCGACGGAUUGCGAACGCAUGACUUGAUCGAAUGUGGGUGCAAGGGACUGGGACAGAAAGAUGAACUGGUGAAAAGCAGCACACAAUCGCCAGAUGAUGGACAUGAGAAUUCUUCUCUUGCCGAACGCUCCGAAUCAGAGGAGGAUUUCCCAGAUAUUUCUGAAAUCACUACAGAUACCAUUGGUAGGCCGACACCGUCCUCACGAAUGCUCGAAAAAAUGCGGUCUUCGCUGUCGCCAGUUCCAGAGCAGAAGCCGGAUCGUGAAGCCGAGUCUCAGGAGCUGAUGAGAUUUGUGCACUUGGACACGUCGAACCUAUGCAGGAUGCAAGAGGCCGAUAAUGACUCUGCAAGACCAAUCAUAUCCGCCAUCGAUGAUGUGUGUUUGGAACACAUUGUGCGUCUUCCACCUGACAUGCUGGCAGGAGGCGGCGUCGCGUAUAUCUUCAAGAAGACUGAGGGUGUCCAAGCUCUUGUCUAGAGAAAUCGGUUACUAGGCAUGUACUGUCCUUGACCAGACCUCGAGUCAAAAUCGUCAGGGGACAGGUCUCUGGCAAAGGGCUACUGAGCUGAUCAAGAAGGCAAGUCGUGAUCGUAAGAAGCAGCGUAUUCAUUAGAUAACGCCGUAAAUGGCAGGCUCCCUCCCACGCUUUUGAGGGACUCUCUUAGAAUGAGCAUGUAAUGAGCUUGGGAAAUACUUUUCCUCAGGUGUUCCUCAUGAUGUACUGUGAUUAUGUAAC